GGAUCACGGGGAUCCUAAUGAGUGCAGCCGGGCUGCCCGUCUGCCUGACACGGCCCCCCAAGCUGGUGCUGCAUCCCCCACCCGUCAGCAAAAGUGAGAUCCAGUCCAUCCCUGGCACCUCCCACACGCCCUCCAGCCCCUCUGACUCUUGCUCUCCUGCAGGUAAAACCCCGGAGGAGGUACUGAAAAAAUACCUGCAGAAGGUGCGGCAUCCUCUGGAUGAGGACUGCACCAUCUGCAUGGAGCGCCUCUCUGCACCCUCCGGCUACAAAGGACCCCAGCCGGCCGUCAAGCCCGACCUGGUGGGGAAGCUGGUGAAAUGCGGCCACGUCUUCCACCUGCACUGCCUGGUCGCCAUGUACAACAAUGGCAACAAGGAUGGGAGCCUGCAGUGUCCUACCUGCAAAACCAUCUAUGGGGUGAAGACAGGGACACAGCCCCCAGGGAAGAUGGAGUAUCACGUCAUCCCUCACGCGCUGCCUGGCCACUCUGACUGCAAAACCAUCCGCAUCAUCUACAACAUUCCCCCAGGGGUGCAGGGACCAGAGCACCCAAACCCUGGGAAGAGCUUCACCGCCCGCGGCUUCCCCCGGCACUGCUACUUGCCGGACAGCGAGAAGGGCAGAAAGGUACUGAAGUUGCUGCUGGUAGCCUGGGACCGGCGCUUGAUCUUUGCCAUCGGGACCUCCAGCACCACAGGCGAGUCGGACACGGUGAUCUGGAAUGAAAUCCACCACAAGACAGAGUUCGGCUCCAACCUCACUGGCCAUGGCUACCCCGACAUCAACUACCUGGACAAUGUCCUGGCCGAGCUCGCAGCCCAGGGCAUCACGGAGGAGAGCCUGGCACAGGAGAAGGACUGA